CAGAACUGAACCAGAGUCAAAUCGAACGUCUUCGAAGUAGAAACUAAAGCGAAAACUGAACAAAAUGAAAUUCCUAUACAGCUGCGUUCUACUGCUGGCCGUCUUCGCCGCCAGCCAGGCCUACAGCUCCAGCUGGGGCAAGAGGAACAGCACCGACAUCCUGCUCUCCCGCCAGACCGAGGUGCGUGCCCCGCUCAAGAACAGCUACUGGAACAUCAACAUUGACUAUCCCCGUCCCGGCACUAACAGCGUCUACACGAUCACCCUCGUCAAUGUGAUCGACAACUUCCGCAACAGCUCUGGUGCCACGCCCAGCCUGUGGUCCGGCGGUCCCGGCUAUCGUUAUGCCCAAAUCAAUCUGCGCAGCCAGGUCAGCCGUGGUCUCAACUCCACCAUUGAGAUCUGGGGCAAAUAUUAAAAAACGCCUCGAUUCAAAUGAAACUCCGAUGUACUCGCAACCAAAACUUUAGCUAGAAAUCUAUAUAUAAAAAA